UGUAACAGAGCUCCAGAUUGCUAUCAGUCCAACAGAGCCUCCUCCUGUUCCUCUAAGCCUGGUCAUUUCCUCUACUGAGUUGAAUGUAAGAACCACCCACUGGCGUGGUUCUCAGCAUUAUAGGUUUUUAGGUCAAACAGGAACGCCAGGGAAUGCCUGAAAAAGCCAAGCACAUAGUUACAUCUGCCCAGACCGGAUGACAUGGAGCUACUGCUGUUGUGUGUAGCAAAGUCCACACUUGAGUGACAUUCCCUGCUGGAGCAUUGGAGGAAGCCGGGAGCGUGUGUGAUCUGGCUAAGAGCUUGGUUCAGAAGUGGCUGAAGUUUUUCUAGAGGGCUCUGUGUGAGGCCUUGGCUCAUCUUAGAAGGCUGAAGAGUGGACCCUGCCCGGUGGCCUUCUUUAUCAUCUUCACCUAGGCCUGCCAUGGAUGAGACACAGGAGUCUCUAGCCUUGACUGUGCAUCUUCUUGCUGACACUGGGAACGGUUCACUUCUGCAGCAGGCUCUGGACCAACUCCUGGAUUGCAUCUGCCCGGAGGUGCGUCUCUUCCUGGUGUCUGAACGGGCCAGACCAGUGAAUUACCAUGAAAAGUACCAUCCCCGGAGGGCCCGCUUCCCAGGGAUGUCUGUUUUGCUCUUUCUUCAGGAAAGCUUGGGACAGGAGCGGCUGUUUCGAGUCUUGGACUUCCUACAGCAUUCACCCUGGCAGGGUUUCCCUACCCAGCAUGCACAGGGGAGGCCUUGUCCCUAUCUCCCUGCCAAUCAGGAAUUCUACAGCCUGCACAACCAGAUGCCAGUGUGGGGCAUGAGGCCGGUGCACUGUGGCACUGAUAUCCUCCGAGUGACUCUGUAUUGCAGUUUUGAUAACUACGAAGAUGCCAUCAGACUGUAUGAGAUGAUCCUACAGAGAGAUGCCACCGUUCAAAAGAGCAACUUCUGUUUCUUUGUUCUCUAUGCCUCCGAGGGCUUCAGCCUGCAGCUCUCUCUGAAGCAGCUGCCCCUGGGAAUGCCAGUGGACCCCAAAGAGUCUUCUGUGCUGCAGUUCAAGGUUCAAGAGAUAGGCCAGCUGGUGCCUCUUCUCCCCAAUCCGUGUGUGCCCAUCAGCAGCACCAGGUGGCAGACUCAGGACUAUGAUGGCAACAAGAUUCUGCUGCAGGUCCAACCGAAGGCAGGACUUGGUGUUAGGAAUGGCGAGUGUUCCUUCCUACACGGCAGCGUCAGAGGUGACAGGCAUGGGCAGGGCUCCAGGCUGAACUUGGUCUCCACACAGAGAACCUUAGAGACAAGGAGCCGGAGGAACAGGAGCCGGAGGUUCAAAGUACACUCUUUGGAGCUUCCACAGCCCAGUGGGACCUCAGAAGCCUCCAGUGACCCUUUGUGGAGAAGCCCUGGCUGGUCCUCCCUGGCCGACAGCGCAGCCAAAGGCAUGCGGCAGUACUGCCUGUCUAUCCCCAUCGAACCUGAGACGAGAAUGGACGUCCUUAAGGAAAACAGCUCCCAGAAACUCGAGGCGGAGACAAAUGUCGACACCGGCUUCACCAUCAUCAACUCCAAACGCAGGCAAUCUUUUCUGAGCGGAUUUCCCCGGGAUUUUCAGAACAGUCAGCCACCAUGCCGCUUGUCAGGCUCUUCCUUCGAGGUGACUGCUUCUCCAAACCAAACAGUCUUUAAGGAGAGACUCCGUCCUCUGUCACUUCCUGGUCAAAGGGACUUUGGUGCAAAGACGGGAAUCUCCAAAUGUCCUGUCCAGGGUGAAGAGAAAGAAGAAUUCUUUAUAUAGCACGAAACAAACGUGUUUCUGUAAGACACAAGAUAGAAUGUUUUAGAAACGAAGCAUUGUAUUAAUUGUCCUCAUUGAAAUAUCAAUGACAAAUGCAAUUUAAGGGAGGGUUUGUUUUUUACUCACACUUUAGUGGGAAGGUCCAUUCAUGGCUGGGGAGUCAUGGAAGUGAGAAUGGGAGACAGCUGAUUAUGUACUUUUUUGUUUUGUUUUGUUUUGUUUUGUUUUUCGAGACAGGGUUUCUCUGCGUAGCUUUGCGCCUUUCCUGGAACUCACUUGGUAGCCCAGGCUGGCCUUGAACUCGAGGAGGGGGGGGGCUGGGGCUCAGCCUGCCUUUUCCUUGUUCCAUCUGGGACUCCGGCCCAUGGGAAGGUGCUGCCCACUUUUAGGGUGGGUCUUCCUUCGUCAGUUAAAUCUUUCUGGAAACAUCCUUACCCGGAGGUGCAUUUCCAUGGUGAGUCUGAAUCCAGUUAAGUUGACAAUGCAGAUUAGAUCUACCAACACUGAUCCAGGAUCGUCCAGUUUCUUGCUCAUCGGAGGGGGCCCCAGGCUCUCAAUGCACAAGUUCAUACUGCUUUCACUUCCAGCAGCAGAAGUCCUUGGGGAGCUGAUAGUUUGCUAGCUUGCUGGAAGAGAACACAGCCAGGCAGAGGAAGAAGGCCCAGUGCCUGAACCUUCUCAGCGGCACACUAACCCAGCUACAUGUGUUGGUUCAGCAUCUAUCAGAACACUGGCUUCGAUUGCGAAUGAAUCAGAUGUAUUAUGCAGAUCUGAUUAGUGUGUGUAAUACAGUUUUAAUGUUUUACUUGAGGUUGCAAAGCUUAUCCCCCUCGACAGUGUGAACUAUUUAUUCUUUAGUGCUUUUUAAUUUUUAUGUGACCUCCUUUGGUAAGUAGGCCCUAUUUACCACAUACUCUCUUGUGGUUUUGCUUUUAAAGUUCUCUGCAUCUGAAAUGAAUGAAAAUGCAAAGUGUUUUAAAAAUUAUGCCUGCCCCCCCAAGUUUAAUUAGGAAAAAUACCAGAAUCCAGAAGCUAGGUUAAAAUGAAUGCUAGACUCUGAGAUGUUCUAUUUCUCAUUUGUUUAUUCCCUACUCUGAAGAGGAAAGCACUUCUUGUUAAAAACAAACAAACAAACAAAAAC